AUGGUUUACUCUUGCCUUGUCCGGCCACUCCGCUCCUUCUCUCCGGCGAAGAACCCACCAAAUUCUCAAAUACCGAUCUCCAAACCUUCAAAAACUUCUUCCCCAUUUCCCAUUUUCUCCACAUUCUACAAUGAUAAUCUACGUUAUCUCAAGUCAAUCGGAAUCAUUAAUUCAGAUGCUAUAACACCCCAGAAAAACCCAUCCCCAGAAACCUUAUCCCACAUCCUCUCCACUGUAAAUUUCCUAAAAUCUCACGGCUGCUCUGAUUCCCAAUUCCCGAGAAUCGCUUACCAUGUUCCUCAGAUAUUCUCUCCCCGGUUCGACCCAGAUGAGGUUGAACCCGUAUUCAAUUUCUUGAGAAAUGAUUUAGCUGCUUCGGAGGAAGAAUCAUGUGCUCUCAUCCAUUUCUGCCCUCAAAUUCUACACUCCCAUGUUCAGUUCUGCUUGAAGCCCACGCUACAUUAUCUUACAGAGCUGGGUCUACAAAAUCUGAAUUCGCCCACUAAGCUGAAUGCUCAUCUUCUGAACACUCGUAUUCAGAAAUUGGAAGAGAAAGUAAAAUUCUUACGGCAUGCCGGGUUUUCAUGGGAUGAAACGGCUGCUAUUUGUGUGAGAUUUCCGGCCAUUUUUGGGUACAGUGUUGAGAAUAACUUGAUGCCGAAGCUGGAUUAUCUGGUGCGCGAGAUGGAAAGGAGUGUUUAUGAGUUGAAUGAGUUUCCGCAAUACUUUGCAUAUAGUUUGGAGAAGCGGAUCAUGCCGCGACAUAUGCAUCUGAAGAAGAAGAAUGUUCAAAAAUUUGAUCUACAGAGAAUGCUAUUGUGGACUGACAAGAGAUUUUACGCCAAAUGGAAGUGA